AUGUCUGAUCCUGACAGCCCAGGCUGGAAAUGGUUUCCCAACACCAAAGCCAACUGGUCGCUCGAUGUCGUGACGCUGCUUGCCGUCAUUGGCGAGUCGUCUAUGGCUGAUCAGACCCAAACCAUCACGGCAUCGCUACUAUGCCUUCUCCCGCGACUGAUUCCAGCCCCUCAAGCUCUACUUAAGCCUUCGCGUCCAAGUCGGAUGCCUGAAACACUCGCCAAGAUGACGGGUGUCUAUAGCGGAACGACACUCGACUCUGUAGGCUUCUUUGCGACUAUUAUAACGCCCCUGGAUACCCUUCACCCAUUCAGCUUCCGUGUUCUCGAGAUCACACAUACCGAUCGAUCUCAUUUUGGUGAUAUAGACACGAAUCCUCCUCCUGCCCAGCAAGGCUGGUCUGCUCGUGGUCUCAAGUGGAUCAGAUCUCGUCGUUCAAAGUCUCAUAGCACAGAGCUUCCAUUGACUGACAGAGGGGCACAAGGUACCUACUUUGGUCGUGCACCUACGACAGAGGCGGGUGUCAUCCCCAAACAAGAUACAGCGAGGUCAACGGCUACAACGCAAGUGGCCACUCCCCAGCCUUUAAAUGAGAAUUCCCCAGGGGGCGAAUACACACCCAAGCCACUCGCGCGCCGACCUACGGCAAAGCAAAAAGUCCAGGACAUGCUUGCAAACCCAACUUUUGCCAACACCAAAAGACGCCCCGCAGUCCCGGCCAAGCUCUUCUCACCAAUUCAUAUUCUCUCUGUCUUCUCGUGCCUUCUCAGCAUAGCUAUCAUUAUUUGCGCUAUUGUAUGGAAAGACGGCAACGCUAUCCUGUCUGUCACACUUAUGUCCUUUGCCUCAACUGUGGUGGGGUACGCAUCACUUUGGCAUCCCAUUCUCAUGAACCGAAAACACACCAAUGAGGUGCCCAGAGGCGAUGUUAUGAUUCGAACUCGAGAGGGAGCAUUCCUUCUCAUUAAAUGUACAGAAGAAGUUGCUCGAGAACUAUACUCUGGUACUGAAGAGUGCGAUUACCAUGUUGGCGACCGCACUUAUCGGCUGCUUAUGGCCAUUGGAACCAUGCUUCUUAUGGUGAGCGUCGUCUUGUUCGGCAACUGUACAUGGAACUCACAAAUAUUUAUCGGUGGAAGUUACAUUGUUUUAAAUGGACUCUAUUGGGGAUUGGGUAUGAUCCCUCGGUCCCAUUUUUGGGAUCUUUCUCGGUACACAUGGCGGGAUGUCACUCCUGAUGAUGCCAAGAAUGCCAAUAGGAUCACCAAUGGGGAUGAUCAACGCGAGGGCUAUCCAAGCUUCACACGGACACUGUGGUAUGCUAUUCGAGAAACUCAACGUACCGGCUGGGUUGGACGCAGUGGAGCUGCACCUAAUACGGAACAGUGGGGGAAGUGGCUCAAAGAAGCUCUGGAGAAUGCUAGGAGCGGAAACAGAUCAUGGAAUUCCGUAGCUGAGAAGGAUGUCAUUAUGAAGGAAAAUAUCGGUGUCGACGAGAUGUUCGACGAAGCAGCACAACAUGCGCCAGCCGUGGAGGUUCAGACAACUGCUAUGCGACGAAGCCAUGAUUGGGAGAAUGACCGCUCAACAUUUUGA